AUGUACUUUAUCAGCUUGCUAUCGGUCUGGAUCACCAGCUCGCUGUUCACCGCUGCCUCUGCAACGCCGGUGGUCAGGAAAUCGCUCAACCCCAAUCGCUUCAGGAUUAGAUCACCCUUGACCAACGCAGACUUCUCAGAAGACUGGCCUACCAAUGUCGUUAUGGUCGGAGGAUCCCAGACGUAUGGCUUUUGGGUCCCCACCGACGGUACCUGGUAUGAUCUAGGCAACAUCGAAUGUCUCGGCUUGCCGGCAUACGCGAUUGGCGACUGUGACGAUGUGACCAUUGACCAGAUUGGCGUCGUGGCGGGAUACGGACCUUGCAGUUUUGUCGGCAACGACGGCUAUUCAUCCACCCUUUCAGGCGAUGCCGGCGAUGGCUACUAUACGGUCGGCCCGCCCCAGAACAUCAUGUCUGCAGCGUGUGGUCCUUCCUGA